CGUCUCGCGCGUCGCGUAGAUAUUUUAUUAUUUUCUCAGCUUCUGGUAGGUGGUGCGCGCAGCAAAUAAAGAAAUUUGUGUAUUGCAGCAGAAGUUUUUCGCUGCGCACAGGCUGUGCCGCUGCUUGCAAGAGACUAUACAAAGCCAAGCAUAAAACUAAUUGUAACAAAGAAAAGUGUAAAAACGAAAAGAAUAUACAUUUAAGUUCAAGGUUUAUUUCCACACAAUGCCAGAACCGAAGUUCAAACGCAUCUAAAUUGAAAACUGUGUGCAGAUUUUUGUAUACACUGUCGCGUACGUGUGUGUGUGUGCGUGUGCCUGUGCCUGUGCGUGUGUUAGUGAAUGUGACUUCUGCAUUUUGCUGUGGCUUAAACCAAAAGUCAGCCAGCGCAAUUAUUGAAUUAAUAAAUGUGCACACAAUAAGAAAAUAUAGAAAACAUUGUCUCGAUCUAUCUGCGGAAAAAUAUCUAAACCCAAUUACUCAGUUUGCUCUCAGUUUAAUUCGAUUGACACAGAGGCAGGCGGCAGAGCGCGAGCGCGAGCGCAAGCAGCAGCAGCAGCAGCAGCAGCAGCAGCAGCAGCAGCAGUAGCGACAGCAGCCCCAACAAAAUAUAAGGCGACAGACUUAACUUGCCCACUCUUCGCCCGUUGGUGGUGGGAGACGCACACAGAGUACAACAACAACAACAACGACAACGGCACAACAACCACAAGGAGAGCCAAACCUACUCCAGCUCUCAGCUCUGCUUUUGCGCAGAUUGACGCAGCGAAUUCGCCGUGUCGCUUGAGCGCUGCUCAGUUGCAGCUCGGUCGACGCUGUUUGGAAACACCUUGCUCCAAUAUUUUAGCCUGGCUGUGUGCUCUGCUCUGCUCAGCUCUAUAACUGCCGUUAGUCCAAGCGACUCAGUGGCCGUUGCCGUUGCUGUUGCCGUCGCAGUCGCCGUCUCAGUUUCGUUUCGUGCGAUUCUUUAGCUGCAGCAGUAAAAAUCGUCGGAAAAUCGCAGCCACAAAGAAAAAGGCAACAUAUUUGUGUUGUUGUUGUUGUUGUAAUUUUCCAAUGCUGCUUGACUGCGCUUUGCACGCGAUUCCCUACAAUUUGGUUGCGGUCAGCAGUGCUGCAACAACAACAACAAUAACAAGCAUAAGCAAAACGGCAGCAGCUUUAACAUUGUCGCCGUGUCGCCAGCAGCGCCGCAGCAUCGCCAGCCCCUCGGUCUCGCCAUGUACAACAACAGCAACGCGAGGCGCAGCAGCGAUGCCAGCAUAGAACAGAAUACGCAGCAGCAGCUGGAGGAGGAGAAGGAGAAGGAGCAGCAAAUGCAGCAGGCUGCCGCAGUCAGGACGAGGACGAGCACGAGCACGAGCAGGAGCAGAAGCAGGACUAUGGCCACGUCCAAGGCGAGAGCCAGAGCCACCUCGUUAAUCUAUUUACCGCCUUUCUGCCAGCCAUGUGGACAUGUGCCUGCGGCCAGCAGCAGCUGCUGUUGUUGUUGCUGUAGUCGGCGACAUAAAAAUUAUGAUAAACAUGCCGCAGCGCCGACGCUGACAGCAGCGGGCACAGACUCAGGCACAGCCACAGCCACAUGCUCGCCAGCGACUGGCUGGAAAUUCCUGCAGCGUGAUAUUCAGUUAAGCGCGGAUGAAGACGCACUGGCGCAUAGCUGCAACGAUCUCAGACAGGCAACGCAAUUAGUUAUGCCAAUUGUUGUAGGUGGCAGCAGUCGCGGCCACGUCUUGGAAUGCCUGGCGAUUGUGCGGCGCCAGCGACGUGAACGACACACAAUAAAACCAAUCAGCAAUGCAGCAGGAGAAGCAGAAGGAGAAGCUGCAGGAGAAGCAGCAACAAAUAGUUCGCAAACAACGACAAGGGCUUUGGCCACAAGUGGCCAGGACGAGAAGGAGGAGGAGGAGAAGGGGGAGAAGGAGGAGCAUGGUCUUGGAGAUGAAGAUGAAUGUAGGUGCUUUAACUACAACGGUGAUAUUAGUGCGCUGGAACGUCUAAAGCAGCAGGAGGAGCAGGAGCAGGAGCAGGUGGAGGAGUGGUAUCAACUUCCUAACAUUACGUGGCUAAAAUUGUGGCAGCAGCUGCUGCGGCGGCAACUGUGCAACAACAACAGAGGCAGCCAAGACGCCAGCAACUCCGCCGCCAAUGCGACAACGCAAACAACGAACACAACAGCAACAAUAUUAGACAGGAGCAGGAGCAGCAGCAGGAGCUGGGGCAGGUUCGGGCAGCUGGAGCCAAUCACCAGGCUGGCAACGUGCUGCGGCAGCAACAGCAUGACGUCGACAAAAAGUUGGCUCGGAGCGCUGUUGCUGACGCUGCUGCUGGCCACGUCCGUUAGCGGCUGGGGCGGUCGUCAAGAUGCGCCCACAAAUUGCACGUUUCCGGCACGCUGGGAGGGCUCCUGGUUCCUAUCGGGCUAUCAGCAAUCCAUACACAUCAAGGGCUCACAGUUCAGCUACCGCGGCAGGUGUGCGGCCAUAGAUGGUAACAAAUAUCUAAUAGUCGAUGAGAAAGGAUGUCAUCGUUGCCUGGUUAUCUAUGAGAAGCAUAAGAAUGUGCUCCAGUAUAAAGAAAGUGAGUGCGAAGGUGAUAGUAUGUAUAUGCAUCAGUCGAAUCCAUCUGCAAUGGCGAUGCGUAGCUCUAAUAAACAAAGUGAUCAUAGGGGGGGAGCUCAUCCCAAUACGAACGGGCAUUCAAGACUAUCAUCAUCGGAUCAGUACAUAAUGAGAUCCAAUGACGAUAUGAAUGAUUACUUUUGCAAGGGCCGUGAGACUUUACAGAAUCUCUGCGAUCAAAUACCGGGCGAUGCUCUGCUCUAUUCCCUCUUCCGCGAGAGCGCCGAGCCGGUCAAGUGCCCGCUAAAGGGUCCCUUCAUAUUCACGUACAAUCGCGGCCACGGCGAGUGCAAGUCGCCCGUCUCGAACAUCGAGAGCUGCACCGAGGAGAGCCGCCUGCUUCUGAGUUUUCAGGCCUGUCCCGAUGUCCAGGGCACCGAGAGCACGGUUGAGGAGCUGACCUGCCUGGCGACCUGGAAGGAUGGCAACUCACGCUAUUUGGUGGGUCUUGUCUUGCAUCAUCAUGCCAUUUCGAAUGAGGAGCGUUAUCGUUGCUUUGUUUACGAGAAAAUCUCCUCGCUGAUGGGCGGCCCCAGCAUACUCAGCUCGAAGGAUACCGAAUAUAAGCUGGCGCAAUCCGGCGACGCCACUUGCAAUGGCUUAGACAGCGCCGAGGUUGGCUCGCGAAUAAUGUCGCUGCGGAAACCGCCGGCGGCUGAGCGCUGCGAUUUUCCCGCCUGGUUCAAGGGUCCGCGACACUGGCAUGCACUUAUGGGCAAUGCCGUCUACAAUUAUCAUGCCAACGAUGGCUCCGUGCACAUUAUUAAGCCCAACGGCUACAUGGAGACACGUGCCCUGUGCGAGCAGAUAAACAAACAGACCUCAACCGAAAUGAUGGCUGUGGUGCACUACACCACCAGCUGCCUAUCCGGCUUUAUGUGCAUGAUGUUUUACCGUCGGGACACGCACGUCAUUGAGAUACAAACGGGCAAGCCGGCCAAUCGUCUGGAGGAUGCCUGUGCACCGGAUCACUUUGACUUCAACAAGAUGACCUACAUAACGCUGCUGGCAAGCAAUCCGGAACCGCAUAUUUGCCCGAUGGAGGGCCUGUACAAUCUGCGCGGCGCAAUUGGGCCGCCGUACCUGGUCACGCGCCACAAGCGCAAUCACAAUGGCAAAUCGCAUCUCGGACAUGGCCAUCAUCAUUAUCAUGGCGAUGGCUUGGAUGCCGGCUCCUUUGGUCACAAGGGGCACAGUACACUCAGCUUUCGCAAUGCCGAGCGCAUGGAGCGCGGCUCCUGGCAUGCCAACACGCGCGGCCUGCCCGUGCGCAGCCGACGCAAUGCACUCCCAGCACAGCAGCAGCAGCAGCAGGAGCAACUCCAGCAACAACAAGCCUUGGUGCUGAGCAGCGCCAACGAUACCAGCGUGGGCUUCGUGGCCACGCGCAGUCGUCGUGAUGUGCCCGGCUGUGUGACCAACUACAAUGCCCAGCGACAGCUUUGGGUCGGCUGCAGUGCGCCCAAUGUCAUCGAUGUGAGUCCGCUGUGCAGCGUGGACGGCGAGGAAGAGUACUCCUGUCAUGGCUCGUGGAGCGAGAACAGCACCGUCUACAUUAUAGCCAGGCACAAGGGCACCAAGCAUGGCGUCUGCAUUAGCUACAGGCCCACGGAGGGCAAUGCAGCCAAGCUGGUUGUCGGCGAUGCCUGCUAUCGCGGCACACAAAAGCCGCCCGAUCAUCAUCUGGUGGCCAAUCUAUCCGUUUUUGGUAAAUGUGGCGAAACCGGCUCCAGCGCCAGCACAGCUCACCUGGCCAACUGGAUGGUGCUGUUAGCCAUGCUGAUGUGUCUAACGCUGCAAAGUUGAGUUAAACGGGCGGCGUGCAACGUGUAAUUUGGGAGUGCACAACAGCAACAUUAACAAUUUGAUAAACACAAAAACCAAAAACCAAAUCCCCAAUAUGAUGAACAUGUAUACAAGACACACACAUUUAAGACUAAUUGUACAUUGCAUAUUGCAUAUUGCAUAUUGCAUAUUGCAUAUUGUAAGGCCUAAGCGAACGUAAACAAUUCAAAUAUCUUUUGCUGUAUAUAACAUUUAUUGUUUGUUUGUUUGUUUUUUUUUUUUAACCACCUUGUUUUGUUUAGUUCUAAGUGCUUUAUUAUAUGAAAUCAAUAUAUUAUAUAUAUAUAUAUCAAGAAAAAGUUAAAAUUAACGAGCAAAAAAAUGGUUUGCAAUAAAGCCUUAGAGCAAGGCCUAGUUAAACGCGCCUUUUGCGAAAUGUAGCGCUGAAAUUUAAACAAAAUAUUUCUUUAUAUGUAAUACAAUUAUCAAAAAAAAAAAAAAAAUACAAAAAUAUAAAAAAUAUGCAAAAGACAAGAUAUAACAACUGCAUAUACGAAUAGAAGCUGAAAGCUUAACGUUCUGUAUGCUUAAUAAAGUUCUAUGCAUUUAUUUUUCUAUAUCAUUUCCAAAAUGUUUCCUACAACAAGAGUACACACAAACACGAACAUACAUACACACAUAGAUACAUAAAUACUAAGCAAC